GGAUAGAAAAUGUUUUCUAGGUUGUAUUGUAAAAUAAAGGUUAAAUAAAAUAAAACAUUGAUUCAGCAUUGAUUGCAGUUUGUUUGUUGAAUGUACCCCAUACCGUGGAGAAAGUGAAAGCAACCGCAAUUUGAUUGGUCUCCACAACAUUAUUUUUUUCACUGGCGGGAGCUGUCUAGCAACCAUCAAGAAAAAAGGGAGUGCAAAUAAACAGUGUAAACUCAAGAAGUGGGGCGAGUGAAUGGUCAACGAUGUCUUAUUUUGCUGGACCAAACCUCAAAUGCAAAUAGUGAGUUGAAACCGCUUGUCAGAGAGGAAGAUGUGAUCUCUCAACUUUGUUGGCGUGAGAGUGUGAUAAGUCUGCAAGGUGGUUGAUUGCAGAUUUGCCUUGGAAAUGGACAGUGACAGUGCCAAUGAUGUGCAGGCAGAGCUGGACUCUGUGGAGGCAGAGCUGGAGGUGGUAGAGCUGCAGAUAGCUGAGCUGCUGGAGAAGCAGGCUAGGCUGACCUCCAGGAGGAAACGGCUGCUCCGCAAGCUGGAGGAGGCAUGUGACUCCGCCCAGCCCUCUGGAUCCUCCUCAGGCUCUGGAUCUGGACCUGCAAUGACCAAGCAGGAGCUGCUGCGCUAUGAGAAUGAUGAUUUCUCGUGGUCUACAGAGCUGGAGCAGAAUCUGAAGGAUGCGUUCCAGCUCUCUAAGUUUCGUCCUCUACAGCUGAAGGCCAUCAACCUUAGUAUGUCUGGUAAAGACCUCUUCCUAGUGAUGCCCACUGGACGAGGGAAAAGCCUCUGCUAUCAGCUACCUGCAGUCUGCUCUGAGGGUUUCACUCUGGUCGUAUGUCCCCUAGUUUCUCUGAUGGAGGAUCAGCUCAUGUACUUAAAGUCCAUUGACGUUGAAGCCGUGUCUCUCAACGCAUCCAGCAGUAAGGAACAUGCUAAAAUGGUCCUAGCGGGGAUGACGGACACCAAAUCGCUUUUCAAGCUGCUGUAUGUGACCCCAGAGAAGAUAGCGAAGAGCAAGCUGCUGAUGUCGAGGCUGGAGAAGGCCUACAACGCAGGAAGGCUUAGCCAUAUUGCUGUGGACGAGGUGCAUUGCUGCAGCCAGUGGGGACACGACUUCAGACCUGACUACAAGCUCCUGGGGAUCCUGAAGAGGCAAUUCCCAAAGGUUCCGUUGUUAGGGCUAACGGCCACAGCAACCAGCAGUGUUCUAAAGGACUGUCAAAAGAUCCUGUGUGUCCCUGAGCCAGUCACACUCACUGCCUCCUUCAACCGCACCAACCUCUACUACGAGGUACUUCUUAAAGACCCAAACAGUGAUGAUUCAAUCAGUGACAUCUCAGCACUGAUCAAGGAGAGAUAUAAGGACCAGUCAGGGAUAGUGUACGUGUUUUCCCAGAAAGAUGCAGAGACUGUGUCGGCAGACCUACAGAAGAAAGGCAUCAAUGCAUAUCCAUACCACGCUAACAUGAAUCCAGAGGACAAGUCACGGGUUCACCGCAAAUGGGCCAACAACAAGAUCCAGGUGGUGGUAGCUACUGUGGCGUUCGGGAUGGGGAUUGACAAGCCUGACGUCAGAUUUGUCAUCCAUCACACCAUCAGCAAGUCCAUAGAGAACUACUAUCAGGAGAGCGGACGAGCAGGCAGAGACGAUAAGCCGGCUGACUGCAUUGUGUACUUUGGCUUCAACGACAUCUUCAGGAUCAGCACCAUGGUUGUCAUGGAGAAUGUAGGACAACAGAAGCUGCUGACCAUGGUCGACUACUGUCAGAACAUAGACAGGUGUCGGCGCUCAGUGAUCGCUGUUCACUUUGAUGAGGUUUGGGACAAUGAAGGAUGCAACAAGAUGUGUGAUGUCUGUCGCCGUGGCAAUGACUACAUCACGGUGGACAUCACGCAGCAUGCUAAAGAUGUGGUCCAGAUUUUGGAGCUGGCGGGCUCUCUGGACGAGAAGCUGACCCCCCUGAAGGUGACCGAGGCGUGGAUGGGGAAGGGUCCGGCCAAACGCAGGAAGAUGAUCCAGACCACCACCCUGUCUCGCCUGGAGGUGGAGGCCGUCAUCACAAGCCUAUUGCUGCAGGGAUAUCUCAGUGAAGACUUCAGUUUCACUCCGUACACCACCUACUUCUACCUGAAGCUGGGUCGUAAGGCCCCAAUGCUGAAGAACCAGAGUCACUCCAUCACCAUGAAGACGAGGAGGACAGGCCUGGAAGCAAACACGGAGGACCAAUUAGCUGGUGGAGCUAAAGAGGUGGUGGUGACCUCCCAGUCCCCUCCUCCCGUUGCCCCCAACGACAGCAGCACUCCCCCUCCCAGAUGCAACAAACUGUAUAAGAUGCAUAAAGAGCAGCAGAAUCUGGUCAGGAAACAAGACAAGGACCAUGACCAGACAGAAAGCCAGACACGGGAGGACCAGAAUGACCCUACUGCUGCCCAGCCCACUGCCAUUGAAGUAGACGUAGAGAUCCAUAUUAUAGAGAAAGUUAAUGACAGCGAAUCCCCAUUACCGCCAUUAAAACGAAAUUCUAAACCUAAAUCAACAACCCCCCAAAAGAAGCGAAGGAAACCCUGUACUGCUGCUCUUGCUGCAGUCCUAGCUCCCUCAGAAGCUGCGGUUACAGACUCUGAACACCAGAGGCCAGCAUUGGUCAACUCUCCCUCCCAGGUCUCCAUCAUCUCCGAGGCUGCAGUGGAGGAGCUCUGUGACCUGAGGAACUACUACAGCAAACAGCUGAGGCAGAUAAACGACAUUUCCCAUGAGUACUUGCAGAAUCAGGGGUGCUCAGACCCAGGGGUGCUGGCCUGUAUCAGAGAGCCACUAAAGAGCCUGCACCUCCCCCGUGGCUCAACCAUCGCCCGGACAGCACGCAACCUGUGGAACAGAGUCAGCUCCAGAAGGAAACUCAUGCAAAGAUAACGAUUGACCUUCCCUGGGACAGUUGACGUUCAGAUGUGGACACUACUGUAUCUCUCUUUUUUACAGGUCUUACGUUGCCAGAGCUAGAGCCCUGGGGCAGACAAGUCUACUUUUUUUGUAACACCUGUUCUAUUUUUCUGGAAUGGCUUUGACUGAGAGAAUAUCCCCAUCCAAGUUAGUUUGAGAUUGUAAUAUUUUACUGUUGGAUCAAUACCACUGGUUAGCCUAAGAUAAAGAAUGAAGAGCUGGUUUGUUUUGGAUAAACUACCACACAUGAACUGAAAGGUUUGUUGAACUGAAGAAUGUUUUCACAAUGUAUAAUUUGUAACUUUUUUUUUUUUUUUUAAUAUUCGAGCAUUCCCUAAUCUAACAGCCACAAUGUGCACGCUAGUGAGUUUGAUUCGCUCGAAUACGUUUUAUAAUACUGCAGCUUUGAGAAGGUCCAUUCACAUUUGUGAAGCACAGUAUAAUAUUUGGCUAUCAUUAAUAAACAUUGAUUUAAAAUUGAAA